AUGGUCUUGCGAAAACGAGCUCCGCCACAUCUUUAUAGCCUCAGUCAAGGGAAUGCUCGUUUCGCACCUCGCGCUACAGCUGCACAAACAUCCCCGACCGCGAAAUCUACUGCAUCUCUAUCCCCAAAACGUCUGACCCGCCCUCGUCGAGCUCAGAGCUCUCCUCAGCCUCGGCAUCUCGAAUCGCAGGAAUCGAUAUACUCCCCUGAUCUCAACACGUCGCCAGCCUUCGACCUGAUGCCCCUAGAACAGGCCCAGAAGUCUCCUGUCCGGUCAUCCGCCGGUGAUGCGCCCAAUCCGUGGGCCGACGAAUUGGUGGAGAGGCCGGACCAUAGCCUCCAGGAAUAUAUUCGUCCGGAGCUUCCACCCGGUGGUAAUGGCUUGCAGGGAGAUGGACAUUCAAAUGGAAAUGGGCCCAAUCGGGUUCCGUCUGUUCUCGUUGCGGGCACGGAAAGGAGGACGGCUGCCAACGAAUGGCAACAGAGCCAAGCGCCUGGCGAUGGUUCCGACUGGGAGCAUUUGAGUAGUCCUUCAGCUCUACGCUCAAACAACCCAUUCUUGAAACCCAAACAGCCUGAGCAAAAUCCAUGGGAGGAUCGGAGUUCCCGGCCCCAUUCCGAGGACACGGCUUCUUUAUCGCAGGAUGGCGCCAACGAGGGUUAUAUUCCAAUGACAGCUCGUCUUUCUCUUCUUGACCAGCCGGUAUCCGAGUCUCCGUGGGCCGAAGAGCAAUCCAAUGCUGCAAUGCAGCCGCCAGCCUGGCAUCAAAAUCAACAACCAGCUGCCAUUCCUCAUCGCAAUUAUACCGGCGACUCUACAAAUCAAUUCGCGCCUAACCAGUUUCAAAAGUCUUACCCCCUUUACAACGAUGCGCAGCCUCCUCACGCACCCCAGCCUUUUCAGCAGCAACAGCAAUAUGGAAUGUUGGCACCGGACAAUGGAAUUCAUACGCCAGCCACCAUCUCCACGGCAACCAGUGGUUCCUCUCAUGCGCUCAUUGACUUCGACGAGAACCCUCAGUCACAUGCUGAUACGGAUCCAAGCAAGGAAGGUCAUCCAGAUACAGUGAAUCAUGCGCAGGAGGCCCCGAAACCAGAUUUCGUACCACCUGGAAAUCCCCCGCCCUUGCCAGACCGUUCUAAUGUUGCGGAUGCUGUUCGUGCUGCCGUGUCUCAACCCACCACCGAACCGGAAUCCAACCGACAACAAGAACAGAAGUUGGAGACCUAUGCGAUAAGACAUGUUGAUUGGACAGAUAUUACGGGGAAGCUGCGAGAUUCCCCGGUGUUGUCUCAAAAUAAAAAUGGCCCUUGUCCGUUACUUGCACUGGUCAAUGCCUUGGUACUCCGCGCAAACCCAGAAACCCAACCACCUAUCGUUAGAGCGCUCCAAACAAGAGAACAAAUAUCUUUAGGACUACUGAUCGAAGCAUUGUUUGACGAAUUGACCACAUGUUUGGGCCCUGAUGAUGAGCUCCCGGACAUCGAGGCACUUAGUCGUUUUUUGACUAUGUUGCACACAGGCAUGAAUGUCAACCCACGCCUGACAUUGGAAUCACAACACUCAGUUGGUACAUUUUUGCGGACCGAUGAUAUCAAACUUUAUGGCACUUUUGGUGUGCCAUUGGUUCAUGGCUGGAUUGCUGCCCCAAUGAGUGAUGCCGAUGCUGCAUUGGCUCGUGUGGCCCCAUAUCACGAAGAUAUUCAAUUACUUCAUUUCCGUAAGCAAGAUCUCGAAGACCGGGUUAUUCAAGGAGGAUCUUUGUCGGCACAGGAGGAGCAGGAAAUGAAGGAUAUUCAAGCUAUCCAACAAUUCACGGACAUCGAUAAUGCAACUCAACUGAGCUCAUUUGGACUGGUUCAUUUAGCGGAAAAGCUACCUCCAGGCUCGUUUUCGAUCCUAUUUCGAAACGAUCAUUUUACUACUCUUUACAAACAUCCGCAGUCCAACCAGCUGUUUACCCUGGUGACGGAUGCGGGCUACUCCAACUACGCAGAAGUUGUGUGGGAAAGUCUGGUUGACGUCAAUGGAUCCAGUGCUGGCUUUUUUGCAGGCGACUUCCGACCUGUCGGGCACACUUCUGCUCCUGAAACCUCAGAUCCAUCCGGCCCAAGAACAUCCAGCAAUGUCCAAGGCUCCUCAGCCCCAAGCGACCGUCCAAACACCACACUAUCCGCUCAAGAACAAGCCGAUGCGGACUACGCCUACGCACUGUCUCUCCAGUACCAGGAGGAAGAGCGACGAGAAAGCGCCGGGAACAAUCAAGACCGCAACCCCCGGAGCUCAGGUUCAACCCCCGCUCUCAGCCAAUCGCAACGAUCGUCUGCAAACAAUCGUUCCUCCGGAUUCACCAAUGAUACUCCAUAUACCUCCUAUUCGGGAAACCGGUCCUCCCGCCAAAGCCUGCCUCCUCCUAGGCGAGACUCGCAGUAUCGACCUGGAAACCACCGCAUGACGAAUGAUGACGCCGAUGACGCUCCCCCUCCUACAUAUGAGCAAUCUGCCCAUAGCCCAAUCUAUACGGGCCCUUCAAGCGGUCCGAAUGCCUCGGAAUCCCCUUACCCAAAUCAAUAUCCUAGAAGUCCGCUGGGACGACGACACCCUGGGGGCUCGAUCUCGGUAGGGCCGUCAGAACGCAUUAGGGAACGAAACAAGGACUGCAUUAUCAUGUGA